AGUGACACGAAUCCGGAGUCGCCCCACUUCGCGCUCGCACUAGCAGGAAAAAAAUCGAUAAAAGUAGGUUUCCGAGCCCAACGUUGUUAAAAUAAAGGCAACCUCAUUAUGCGAAUGAGAUUAAUGGGAUUAAAAAUAAAAUUAUAUUGCGCAUGCGUACGCUAUUCUAUAAUUUUUUAGUAGUUUCUCAAGAUGGACGCCCGGGAUAUCGGGUCUAGUUCACAUGGAUGGUGGGUGCCCCCGAAUUCGGGGGCUGAAGGGGCCCAGCCGGACAAUGCGAAGACGCGCCAGGCGACGCGGUACGGGGUGAGGCUAUUCCGCGAGUACUGCGAGCAACACGGCGUGGAAGCCAUCAACGCGCUCGGGCCCCGCGACAUCGCGAAGAUGCUCAAGGGAUUCUAUGGGCAGGCACGCACCAAAGAUGGCCAGCGGUUUAGCGUCAAUUCCCUCAUCGCGAUCCGGUACGCCAUCAGUCGAUAUUAUCGCUCCCCCAUGGUGCACAGGAAGGUGGAUAUCGUUAAGGACGUGGCCUUCAACGAUGCCAACGAGACCUUUAGGGCUGUCCUCAAGGACUUGGAAAGAGAGGCGAGGGGCAGCCCCGCAUGUCACAGAGAACUACAGAUGGUCGACAUGGAUGACAGGAGGAAGCUGAGGCACUACUUCGAGCACGCGAUCGGGACCCCCCGAGGUCUGCUCCAGAAGGUCUGGUACGACCUCAUGCUCAGGGUCGGCAGGCGAGGCCGAGAGAGCCAGAGACUGCUCAACAGAAACUCCUUCCGCAUCGCCAAGACCCCCGACGGCAGGCAGUACAUAUACCAGGUGGACGACGAAGAGGCCGGCAUCAUCGUGGAGAUUCCCGGCGAUCCCCUGUGCCCGGUCAAGACCCUGAAGAUGUACCUGGGGCGCCUGAACCCUGCCUGCCGUGCCCUCUUCCAGCGGCCCAAGGAGCACGUGUACGAGCAGGACACAUGCUGGUACGUCAACUCCCCAGUGGGCAAGAACAUGCUGGCCACCAUGAUGUCCACCAUCUCCAAGUGCGCUCGCCUGUCCCGCAUCUACACCAAUGUGCGCAUCAGGGCCACCACCUACUCGCCGGCAGACGGGAAAGGGUGCAUCCCCUGCACGGACACCGUACCCCCGGCGGAGCAGAUGGAGACCACGGAAUCGAAACCCAGGGAACCCGUGCAGAACCAGUCUGAGAAGAAGCCCGAGAAACCGGCUCCUCCCCAAAACUCCCACAUCAUCAAGCAGCUGAAUGCACCCAUCGUGCAGGCCUGCCUCUCGGUCGCAGUGCCCAACUCGACAAACCCCUCCAACUCGGUCAUCGGCAGGGUCUUUCCGGUCUCGCUCUCGGGCAUGCAGAAGACAGAGUUGCUCAACGGACAGACGCUCACCAUAAAGCCCCAAGAAAAGCAGGAAUCUCAAUCCAGGCAGUGCGACUGGUGCAAAAAGGAGCUGAGCACUGGGAGCAUGGUGCUCAAGUCAAGCGAGGCGGGAAAGGAGUACUGUUCCACAGAGUGCCUGGGCAAGUGGCUGGCUUCCGAGCACAAGCAAUCGGAGAACGGCCCCGUAGACGGAACGACUCCCGACUCUCCCUCCAACCCCAAGAUCCAGAAGCUGCUCACCCUCUGCUCUUCGGCCAACCUUCUAAUUCCGUUCCCAUCCAUAUGCAAAGAUUUGACACCGGCAGUCCCGGAAGAAGAAGCAAUGGAAAAUGGUUGCAUUGCUAAGGCAGAAUCCAGAAGUUCGUCUCCACAGCUCAUUGUACCAGACGAGGUGUAUUCUGAGGCCGUACUGGAUUCAGACACAGAAAGCUCUGUGUCGCCACGAGCAGAAGAAUACACAGAGAAGUCCACCUGUGACCAAGAGGUCAUGUGUGCUCCAACGAUGACCUCCCUGGCCAUCUCCUGCAAACCCAUACUCAAGAACCAGGCCGUUCAGACAGACUUCAGCACCUACUUUGAGGAGAACCUGUUUGGCUGGGGCAAGGCACCCUCUUUUCCCAGGUAUGUGGUCAACAGCUUCUGUUGCAGUAAAGAUGAAGCAGCUGACGAUUCCGAUGUGGUGGAAGAGGCAGUCUUGCAUGGAGACGUCUGCUUUGACGACACACAAGACACACACUCCCUCUGGAUGUCCGUGGAGGAGUGUGAUGAGGAGGGCGAGGCGGUGGAGUUCCUUCCCCCCGUAGAGAUAGCCAAGUGUGAGGACGCCCUGAUUGCUGAGCCCCUGGCGGCAGUGUACUCCCACCGCGGCCGCACCACCAAGCGCACCACCUGGGACGAGAUAGCCCAGAGGAGCAAGCUGCAGACACUGUGGGGAGUCAAGGUCUUCAGAGAAUGGCUCCAAGCCCGUGGCAGCCGUAAGGACUUCGAGAGGCUAGAGGGUGCGACCCUGGCGGACAUCCUGGAGGAGUUCUACGAGAACCUGACCAAGCCAGACGGGGAGGAAUACAGCGUCUCCACCAUGCACACAAUUCGAGCCAGCAUCAGCCGCUACCUGAGCCUGCCGCCCCAGAGCAAGCCCUUCUCCAUCAUACGGGAUCGGGAGUUCAAGCGGGCCAACGAGGCCUUCUACCGCCGCAUACGAAGACUGCAGACACCCAGGCAGCAGCCCUUCCAGUACCAGGCGACUGCCGCCCUGCCACCCGGUAACCCGGCCCUCUGGCGCCCGCCGCCCGGUACGGUCGGCAUCCCGUGCCAGAGCAACGGCAUCAUGCUGGUCCGACUGGGGCCUCAGUGAGCCGCGACCCGAGGUCGACCAGGCAUGGGUCCAGAGCUCUUUUAACCGCGUCGAUGUUUGUUUACUCGGUUUUUAAAAGUGGUCUCGUAGAGGCCGGUCCGUCUGCUUUUACUCGGCGGAUGCUCGGAUGUGGUCUUCGUUUAUUAUGAGGACUGUGGCUUUGGUGGCCGGCGUCAAUGACUAUUAUUAUCUUUUGGGGUUAUCAGCUGUGGACCAUCCAGGAUGUUUCAGGCCUGACAUCAGGUAAAUGAAUUGAAAGAAGUCUGGUGUUAAUGUUUUGUAUGGAUCUUGAUCUUAAUCCUCCUUUGAUAAGACAUCAAUCUUAGAUUCUAUGGUACCGUGUCUGAUCGGCUGGUGUAUUCUGCAUCACUGGAACCCAUGAUUUGUUGUUUUACAAAGUUUUAAAAGCUAACAAAUUAUGUGUUGCAGUGUUUCAGAGCUACCAGCCAUGUACCUCUGAAGACCAAAGAAGAUUAGUCGGUCUGAAGAAGUACCACCAAAUCCGAGUUUGGUGCUAUCCAAGCAUUAUUAAGAUAAAGAGCAUCAUAUAAUUUUGAAAUCAGAUUCUCUGAAAACAUUUGAGACAUACCAAAACAAACAUUAGACAGGAACAUCAUGGAUGGAUCCACUGCCAAUAGGCUUGGAAGAAAAUUAUGAAGUAAUAAAAAAUAAAAAUACAUGAUAUGUGGGAAUGUUUGCAAAGCUGGAUCUGGAAGUAAAAAGGUCUCUUCUUCAUAAAAAAAAAUUUUACCUGCCUUUUGGGCCUGGUGUUGAAAUAAAAUCCUUUGUGAGAAAUCAUGAAUCAGUAUCAAGAAAUGCUUAUUUGUGUGUGCAUUCAUGGAAAAAUAUUGGUAAAAUAAGCUUUGGUGUGAAUUUGCUCUAUGAACAUAAAAGUCUACAUUUUCAGUUACCAAAGAAAAAGUUUUUUGACAGGAUAAUUCUAAUUAUCUGUGUAUCAGUUACCUGAUUUUCACUUCUAAUUGAUAUAUGUUUUAUGGCCAAAAACAUACUUGACUAUUAAAUGUAUUUUGUGAAAUGUCCACACUAUUUGUUCAUGUAAACCUUAAAAUAGUUUUAAGGUGAGAUUUUAGUAUGUUUUAAUUGUUCUCUGAA